AUGCCGGGUUCCGAGGCCUUACAGACACAGGCCGCUCGUCGCCGUGCCGAGCGCCAGACGUCGUCAUGUACCGAGUGCCGUCGUCGCAAGCAAAAGUGUUCCCAAGGCCAGCCGUGUACCAACUGUAUCCGUCGAUUUCCCCAACCCAUCUGCGAAUACAAGGCCAAGAGCCCCAAAAGGCAUCCACAUGCGGGAGCGGCCGAGCGGCCGCCCAUGGCGGUGGCAGUCAGAAACGGCCCCUACGGUCACCUCAACCCUGCUGCGAUCCACGAUGCUAUCCUCCAGGUAGACGAGUCCUCGCAUGCGAUGCUGGGUGAUUCUCCCGACUCCAACCACUCCUCAUCCUCAUCAGACCACAGCUCUGAUCAAACCUCACCCACUGAGACAACAGCAACCCCCUGGGUCCCUUUCAAAGUAACCUUCGACGAGGAGAAUGACCCCGAGACCAUGCUUGAAAACCUUCGUGUGAUUUUCGAACGUCGUCUCAGUAUCGCCAACCGUAUCCCGGAGAAAGAAUGGACAGAUGACGACGCAAAGGCCCUCAUAACGGCAGAAGACGCCCGCCGACCCCUAGCUCUUCCCGUCGAGGGCGCGAUGGAACAGCUCCGCUUUUUGCCCAUGGCUCCAACCAAGAUGAACAAGGAGCUUGUGCGGAUACAUCUACAAUUGCUGUGCCGCUUCAAAGUGUCCGUGGACGGAAAUCCGGAUCCUAACAAUGCCUUCAUGAAGCACUGGGUUCCAUGUUGCGUACAAGACCCUCUCCUCUUACAAAUUGUUUUGUUUACAUCUGCUUGUUUCUUUUCUGAAACGGGUCAUAUCCCCAAGACAUUGGCCAUGAUGCACAAGGGCAGGGUGUACCACAUGCUUAACGAGCAGCUUCAACACGAAGCCACUAUGACUAGCGACACCUCCAUCCUUGGUGUUGCCCAGAUGGUCAUCGAUUCCUGGUACUGGGGAGCCACGGCUGAUCUGAAAGCGCACAUUCGAGGUCUCAAACAGAUGAUCAGACUGAGAGGUGGUUUGGGCAAGUUGGGGCUACACGGCUUCCUGAGCAAGACAGUGAUCAUUCAUGACGUCGUUAUGGCCCUCGCCCAUGAAAUCGAUCCUUUAAUAUAUGGUCAUCCAGGUUUCGAGUUCAACGAUCCUAUCAUGAUACCAUUUCAUACCGCGUUGAAUUCUCCCCUCAUUUUCGGGUGGCCGACAUUCACAGCCUGCGCCAACUCCUUGCAGCUGCAUCCCAGCACGGCCAUGAUUCUAGACGACAUACGAUACCUCAUCGAAACUGUUCUUAUGUUGCCUGAGCAGGCCACCGUUGAGGAGCUUCAGAAGGUUGUAACAGCUGCCGGUUGGGUUCUUGACCGCAUUUCCGAGCUACCAGAGGACACGCCUGCUAGAGAAAAUCCCAACUCCCGGGGCAGUUCCGCGGCCACCAGUCCAAAGGCUGCGCAAGAUGCACAAAGCCCUGAGUCCAAUAGGUCUGAUAAAUCUUCUCCGUCUGUUGAACUGCCAGACUGGAUGUAUCGCUGUGUCCGCAAGACUGCAUUGAUCUAUUGUCGCGCGAUCCUGAACCGCACACCAACCAGCGACAUUUGCUCCGAAAUCGAUUUUCUCAUGAUCUGGCAAUCGGUGUGGGCAGUCACCCUGCCGACCUGGAAAGCGACAAUAGGCAUCUUUGUCUGGGUCAUGUUGGCAAUUGUGCCUAGCUGUCACAACUCAGGGCCCGCCCGCUUCAUAAAGACGCUCAUGGUUGCCGGGUUCAUGACAAUUGGGGUUGACAACUGGCACCUUGUCAUGGAUGUGACAAGAACGAGCUUUGCACUACAGAAAUGGCUUGCGGGGGGAAGACAUGGCUACGAAAAUGGAAUCGUGAAGGGUCUUAGCGGGGGGGAGAGCGUCGUGGAGAAUCACAUGCGGCCCGACGGCUCCCGAAGCCCCGCUGCCACGUAUUACGACAUAUCUCACUCAGCCUGUCGAUCCAGCGACCAACACAACCAGUUGGAUCCACCACGGCACAUUGUGAAACUUUCAGUUGAUGGACAAGUCCUCCUCCCCCAAGAUGCAGGCUACGAGGCGGCCUUGCGGCGAUGGAGCGCUGCCUGCGAAAGGAGAGCUGCUGUUGUCGUCAAGCCAACAUGCGCAAUGGAGGUAUCUGCAGCUAUCAAGUUUGCUGUUGCGACCAAGAUACCUUUGACAGUUUGCGGUGGUGGUCACUCCUCGAGUGGAACAUCCUCAUCUGACGGCAUGGUCAUCGAUAUGAGCAACAUGAGGAAUGUAGAUGUCAAUCCCGCAGAAAUGUCGGUCACUUUCGGCGGCGGUUGUCUGUGGGAGGAUGUAGACACGGCUCUCGAGCGCUACGGCCUCGCGACUGUCGGCGGCGUUGUCAACCAUACUGGUGUCGGUGGACUGAUAUUAGGUGGAGGCCAUGGCUAUCUCACGCCGCUUCAUGGUCUCACCAUUGACAAUCUCAUUUGGGCAGAGGUUGUCCUUGCGGAUGGCACAAUUUCCGAAGUGUCCGAGGAGAAGAAUCCCGACCUCUUCUGGGCCAUCCGCGGUGCCGGUGCAAACUUCUGCGUCGCUACAGCAUUUAUGAGUAGGGUCUUCAAACAAGGAAAGGUCUGGAGCGGCACGUUGGCUUAUUCAUCUGACAAGCUAUCUGAACUUGUGGGUGUUGCCAACCAGCUGCACGACCGGCACAAUUCACAUGGCCAUUGCCUCGCUCUUGGCAUAGGUUACGGCCCAGAUGGCGUAACCCACGUUAUCUCUGCGAUCCCUUGCUUUCAAGGCUCGGAAGAAGACGGCAAGGACUACUUUUCAAAGCUUCUAGCCGUCGAGGCGAUUGCGAACAACACUGCAAUGAUGUCGACGGCGCAGAUGAACACGCUGCUGAACCCCAUUUUCGAGCAUGGCAUUAGGCGUCUAAUGGGAUCUGGGAACGUGACAAUGCCUCUUGAUGCCCAGGCCUUGUUACAGACUGCCGAGAUGUUCUGGGAGUUCUGUGACGCUCGGAAGGGGAUGGACAAGUCGGUCAUCGCGAUAGAGAUCUUUCCGACUGACAAGAUCCGGGCCGUUGCCCAGAAUACGACUGCUUAUGCCAACCGAGGCGACUACUACGACGCAGUGACAGCAUUUGGCUGGGAGGACGAGUCUCUUGAUGGCGACGUUCGACAAUUCAACCGAGAGAUGUGUGCGCAGAUUCGUGAGUCCAACGGAUAUCGUGCUCGUCCCAGCGAGGAAGGAUCCAAGGAACCCGUGGGCAGAUACAUCAAUAUCGAAGCCGAUUACAUCUCACCACGAGACGCGUACGGUGUCAACUUCCCUCGUCUCCGAGAGCUCAAGGUGAAAUAUGAUCCGCAAAACGUAUUUCACAAGUGGCACGGGAUUGUCGAGAGAUCUUAG